AGAAAAUGAUUUUUGUAAGAAAGGCAUUUUUAAUGUCCUAAAUCAGAUUCGUGCCCUUGGUGAUUUGUAUGCUUAUUAUCAUGCUUAAAUGCAAGGUCAGAAUACGGGUAGAGAGAAAAGCGCAUAAAACAAAGAGUGAAUUUACGUUUCAUUGACGUGCACAUAACACGGGUCCCCCGUUUUUAGUAGCUGAUAUAAUUGUAUUGAACAGCCACCAGAUGUAGCCCUCGGUCUAUUCCUUUCCAGCCAUUUAUUUGAACGCUAUUGACGGAUACUAAUGAUGUAAGUUUUGUCUGUAUUCGUGCUUGACGACGGGACCACUCUGUGUCUGGGUGAAGAAUGAGAAGGACCACCAUUUCCAGCAGAGGAAUUAUCAUUAGGACAAUCGUUGAGUUUUUAAAUCCGUUUUUUAGUGUGUUUUUUUAAACAUUUCUAGGUGAAACUUUACAUGAGAUGAAAGGCGCAGAGAGACUCAUCUUUCUGGGCUGGCUGCUGACAGGUACCCUGUGUCAAGGUGGGGUGGAAGGAACGGUCUGCACUAAUCCUCCCAGGAAUACGUCAGUAUCUGUGAUUCCCUCUAGCGAAGUGUUAGAGGGCAGCUCAGUGACUCUGACCUGCAGCAGUGAUGCCAACCCACCAGGGAUCAGCUACCACUGGUACUCAGUGAGAGCGGGUGACACCAGAUCUACAGGCUAUGGGCCGGUCCUGAGGACCAAAAUCUGGGCGGACAAUACCCACUUCUACUGUGAAGCCAAGAAUAUGUGUGGAGCACAUAAUUCAACGAUCACUAAAGUAACUGUGUGGUAUGGUCCUAAAACCAUGUCUGUGUCAGUCACCCCAUCUGGACCCGUGUUUGAUGGUGCGAUGGUGAAUCUGACCUGCAGCAGCAAUGGCAACCCACCAGUAAGCAGCUUCACCUGGUACAGUGUGAAGGGAGACCAGGCGACACGGCUUGGGGUUGGGACGAGGCUAGAGACCAGUGUGUCUGCAGAAGUUCACCAGUUUUACUGUGAGGGCAGAAACGACCAUGGAGGACAGAACUCGACGCUGAUAGAAGUGGUUGUACAGUAUCCUCCCAGAAACACGUCAGUAUCAGUGAAUUCCUCUGGUCCAGUGUUGAAGGGCAGUUCAGUGACUCUGACCUGCAUCAGUGAUGCCAACCCACCAGUGUCCAGCUAUAACUGGUACUCAGUCGACGAGAGCGAAACACGCAGUGUAAUAGGAGUUGAACAGAUGUACACAGUAGCUAAUGUCAAUGGUAAUACACAGUACUUCUGCAUAGCUAAAAAUCAACGCGGAUCGGACAAUUCAACAAUGCUCCAGCUCGACAUUCAGUAUCCUCCCAGGAACACGUCAGUAUCUGUGAGUCCCCCUGAUUCUGUGUUAGAGGACAGUUCAGUGACUCUGACCUGCAGCAGUGAUGCCAACCCACCAGUGACCAGUUACCGCUGGUACUCAGUGAGAGAGGGGAAGGAGGACUAUGUGGCCUCUGGACAAAAACUAAUCCAGGCCACAAUGAAUGUUAUUGACGGAAGAGAAUACUACUGUAAAGCCCAAAAUCAUCAUGGAGAGGAUCAGUCAGCGACUACAAACGCAUCUAUGGAGUUUGCUCCUCAGAUCUCAUCCUCCUCUCGCUGCCUCCACUCCGGAUCUCAGGUCAGCUGUACCUGUGACAGCCACGCUAACCCCGCCCCCUUGGUGCAGUGGCGUCUGUCUGGCCGACAUGUCAAUCAUUCCACAGCCACGGCCAUCAGGGAGGAGCCUCUGGGCAGAAUUGGCCUCAGGAGCAUUCUGACCAUCCGUCAAUCACAAGAAGACACGCCCACUGCACUUUGCCUCAGCUCCAACUCUCAGGGCUCUGCCAGUCUGCAGCUUUGUGUCACCUCCACAGGUUACCAGAUGCUGUCUCUGUUGGUGGGAGCUGGGGCAGGUGCUGCUGGGAUGCUGUUGCUGUGCGUCAUAACAUGUGUCAUUGCCAGGAGAUUGCAUGCCAAGACAACCUGGGAUCUGAAACCGGAGGACAUAACAGAGCUCAUACUAACUGACUGGACUCUCUCUCAGGAAGAGGACUCUCUGUACGCCAGUAAAUCCACACUGACCGGACACCCGCGAGCCAACGGGGCCAAUGGGGAAGGGACCAGAGGGGUUAAUCCAGACCUCCAUGGGCCCCAACACACAGACCCUCCUGGAGGUCUACACUACAAACCCCCACCCAUAGGCCCCCCUAACUGUGAUCACGUACCCCUCCAGCACUCCAGCCUGGAUACCCCCACGACCAGGAUAGAGGGGUAGGGAGCGGGGGUGACAUCAGGGGUGACAUCAGGGGUGAGAGAGGGUGACAGUUUCCAACCAGGAGAACACCUAUAUGUCAGUUUCCAACCAGGAGAACACCUAUAUGUCAGUUUCCAACCAGGAGAACAUCUAUAUGUCAGCUUCCAACCAGGAGAACAUCUAUAUGUCAGUUUCCAACCAGGAGAACAUCUAUAUGUCAGUUUCCAACCAGGAGAACAUCUAUAUGUCAGUUUCCAACCAGGAGAACAUCUAUAUGUCAGUUUCCAACCAGGAGAACAUCUAUAUGUCAGUUUCCAACCAGGAGAACAUCUAUAUGUCAGUUUCCAACCAGGAGAACAUCUAUAUUCAAAAAAGGGUUAAACAUGUUCUGGUGUUUACAAUCUGUUGUUAUGAGCUGAACCCUGUUCAAAUCAAAUCAAAUGUUUUUGGUCACAUAGACAUGGUUAGCAGAUGUUAAUGUGAGUGUAGCGAAAUGCUUGUGCUUCUAGUUCAGACCGUGCAGUAAUAUCUAACAAGUAAUCUAACAAUUCCCCAACAACUACCUACUACAGACAAAUCUAAAGGGGUGAAUGAGAAUAUGUACAUAUAAGUAUCUGGAUGAGGGAUGGCCGAGCAGCACAGGCAAGGUGCAGUAGAUGGUAUUAAAUACAGUAUAUACAUGUGAUGUGAGUAAUGUAAGAUAUGUAAACACAA